AUGCCGUCGCAAGAGCGUACAAUUGCCUUUGUAGGAUGCGGUAGGGGUGUCCCCAGCCAGCAGAUGACUCAAACCGCUUACAAUUCCACAGGAAACAUGGGAGGUGCAAUCUUACACGGAGUUUUGAGAGCAGCCUUCCCUCACCCCAGCGACCAGUCCCAGGCACGGCCAAUUUCCAAGUUCAUUGCUUGUACCAAGACGGCCCCAUCCGCCGAACGCCUCAAGGCGUCCAUCUCAGAAGCGCAUCAGCAGUAUGUCCAUGUUGUGUCAGCGAAAAUGAUCGAGAGCAUGCAGGCAGCCGACUACAUUGUCCUUGGCUUCAAGCCCUUCAUGGCCGAUGACCUCCUCAGCCUCGAGGGAGUCAAGAAGGCAAUCGCUGGAAAACUCGUGAUCAGCCUCUUAGCAGGCCAGACGCCGCAGAAUCUCGCCCGCAUCAUCAAACAGUCUUCGACCGAGGAAUGUCCGCAGCCGUAUAUCAUGAAAGCGAUUCCUAACAUGGGUGCGCAGUUCCGCGAGUCGAUGACUACGAUUGAGGAGCCGGGAGAGGAUUUCCCACCGGAACUCAGAGGAGUGACGGACUGGAUCUUCACGCAAAUUGGGGAUAUCAAGUAUCUGCCGCAGAGCCAGAUGGAUCUGGCAUCUGUGCUGGUUGGUGCUGCGCUGGCGGCGAUGACGGUUCCAAUCGAAGGUAUCCUCGAUGGCUGUGUGGCGGAAGGGCUGAAGCGUCCUGACGCGAUGCAGCUGCUUUUGAAAGGGAUCAGGGGGUUGUCUGCUGCACUGGAGUCCGGAAUCCAUCCAGCUGUGCUGCGGGAGAGUAUCUCUUCUCCAAGAGGGUGCACGAUCCAAGCCCUUCUGGCUCUGGAGCAAGCGGGCAGCAGGGCGGAUUAUGCGGAGGCAAUAAUUCGGGGGACGCAGCAUCUGAAGAAGCAAUAA